AUAAUGUGUGGGCUCUGUAGUUUGGAACAGGUACUAGUACCUAGAUUCUGUAUGGUAUUAAUCAAAAUGCAAAUUUUUGGAGCAAAUAUGAAAAGGUAAGAGAAUAAAAGGUGGGUGUGAGGAGGAUGGAGCCAGGCUACUCUCAGUGAUGGCCAAUGAUAGGAUAAGGGCAACAGGGACAAGCUGGAACGGAAGAGGUUCCAAAGAGACACAAGGACAAAGUUGUUCCCUGUUGAGGUGAGGCAGCACUGGCAGAGGCUGCCCAGAUGGGCUGUGGAGGCUCCUUCUCUGGAGACAUUCCAAACCCAGCUGGUUGACUUCCUGUGUGCCCUGCUCUAGGUGGUGCUGCUCUGGCAUGGGGAUUGCACUAGAUGAUCUUCUGAGGUCCCUUCCAGUCCUUGAGAUUCUGUGAUUCUGUGAUCUUACAUCCCUUCAGAAGCGGGGGCCUACAGCUGUGAAACAUAGGAUGAAUUUCUAGCCAAGGCAUAGCCCAUUGCACAGAUUCUAUCUGUGGAGGAAUUCCCACACAUUAUGGUGUGGAGGGCUCUUACCAGAUUUCCUUAAGAAAUAAAAGAUUCUACUUGUGAUUUCUACUCAUCAGCAAAAGUACCUCCACAUGAGAACAUGCUACUUCACUUUAGCAUGAGGACAAGAGAGCUGCCUAAAGGCUACUUCAUUAUCACUUGUGAGCUGUUUGUACUGUGUCUGAGUGAUAUGUGCAGUGCAGGCAGGUGUCUACUCAUGUCAACUUUUAUGUAGGUCACUCUUGCUGACAAUAGUCUUCCAGUUAAGACCACCACAUGUACCAUCAGAUUAGGCUUUCAUUUCUGCUUCUUGGAACAUCUUUAACAUCCUUUCUUUUACCCAUGUGUCAGCUUUCAGAGAUGAAUCAGACAACAAUGGAGUUGGGACUUACUGGCAAUCACUUUUUGGAGAUCAAUCUGUUUGCCAUUCUCUUUGUGACCUUCCUCCUGACCCUCCUUGGAGGUGGUGCUCCAUGGUGAUGGCAUCCACCAUCACACUGCUGGACCAAGGGCUCCACAUCCCCAUGUAUUUCUUUCUCAGGAAUUUUCCUCUUGGGGAAAUCUGCUUCACUUCUACCUUCAUGUCAAGGACACUCCUCACAGAAGCAAGAUCAAUUUCCCUCUCUGGAUGUUUCCUUCAGUUGUCCCUGUUCUUCAUCCCGAGUAUCUGCACUUAUUUCCACGUGGCUCUCAUGUCCUUUGACCACUAUGUGGUUGUCUGCCACCCUUUGCAUUACACUGCCCUCAUGAGCAACAGGCUUUGUCUCCAGCUGGUGCUGGGCUGCUGGAUGGUGAGUUUCCUCUUGAUGUUCUCACCACUCACAAUUAUACUCUAUUUGCUAUUCUGUGGGCCCAAUGCCAUCAACCACUUAUCCUGUGAUACAGCUUCUCUGCUGCAGCUGUCCCGCACAGACACAGGCCUCAUUGAGAACAUAGCACUAGUGACAAGUGUUCUGGUAUUACCUGACAUCUUAUCAGUAACUGCCUUUUCCUGUGCCUACAUCAUCCACACAGUCACACAUAUUUGGUCUUCAGCAAGCAGGAAAAAAGCCUUUUCCACGUGUUCUGCUCGUCUCACUGUGGUUGCUGUUCUGUACAGCAGCUCCAUCUUCAGGUACCUCUGAUGAAGCCAGCGGGGUGGGAGGGAUUUUGAUAAAGUUAUGUCUUUCCUCUACUGUGUGAUUGCUCAGCUGUGCAACCCUUGCAUCUACAGUCUGAUGACAUUUUGAAAUGCAGAGCCACAAAGCAGCAACUGCACGUGAAUGGCUUCUCAGCAGAGUUCCCAAAACCCUGGUGGUCAAAGGUGGGGAGGAAAGGUGAUAUAUGGAAGUGGAUUAGGUAGAAUUCAGGUUGCCUAAGUGUAUAAAGGCAAAAUGAUGCCUAUUUCUCUGCUCUGGCUACAUGCAAUAUCUCUUUGACUUAAUCAUUUGGAAGUAGCCACUUUCGAUCCAUCUGAAACAAUGUGUGGUGAAAUUCAAGCCAGGGAAUGUAGGCGUGUUAACAUUUGCACACAGAAAAUUCCUGUCAUGGUGCCUGUCAUUUAAUUGACAGAGGGGUACAUGGAAGCGAGUGAUGGAUUCCUCCCUGAUUUCUGCAAGCAAAUGUUUUGGAUGGAAGUUCAGGCCCCACUAAACUGUUUCCCUAUGCAAAGAUAAUUUUAAUGUGUUUAUUAACAAACUUUCAGGACCCUGUGUGCACUAAUAGCCCAUUAUGGCCCUCACCAGCCUCACCUGGGACCUCCAUCCACCCCUUUGAACAUGAGUGCAGGACUCCCAGGCCUGGGACAUUCAGUCUCUUCCUGGCCUAUGUUGUAGCAGUUGCAGUAUCCAUUUCAAUCACAAGCUCAUGUCCUAAAGUCCAUAAAGAAAACCUUUCAUUGUUAUUAAGUUCUUCCAAUAAACUUUUUUCUGUCCCAUG